AUGGCGGUGGCUCUGGAUGAAGUAUGGGGGCGGGUGAAGAAUGUCUGCAAGCAGAACGGACUGCUCAUCCUGUCUGUGCUGGCCGUGGUCAUUGGCUGCCUGCUGGGCUUCUUUCUCAGAGGCAAGCAGCUCUCCGAGCAGGAGGUGAAGUACUUCCAGUUUCCCGGAGAGCUGCUAAUGAGGAUGUUGAAAAUGUUAAUUUUGCCCCUUGUCGUAUCCAGUUUGAUGUCAGGUCUAGCUGCCCUGGACGCCAAGUGCUCCAGCCGGCUGGGCAUCAUGACCAUCUCCUACUACCUCUGGACCACCUUUGUUGCCGUGGUAGUGGGCAUCAUCAUGGUGUACAUCAUCCACCCAGGUGGAGCCGCGCAGAAGGAGGAUUCUGAGGAAAGCAAGAAGCCCAUGACCAGCUCUGCUGACGCUCUGCUGGAUCUCAUUCGCAACAUGUUUCCAGCCAACCUGGUUCAAGCUACAUUUCAACAGUAUCGAACCCAGAGAGUCCCAGAACUCAUCCCCAAACCAACGGUGGCUCAGCUCCUGGACGAGACCACCACGCGCAGGGUCUACAUCUACGGCAUCCAGGAUGACAACGGCACAGACGUCCAGAACUUCUCCCUGGAUCUCACACCGCCGCCUGACGUCAUCAUGAAAACAUCACCUGGUACCAGCGAAGGCAUGAAUGUGCUGGGGAUUGUUAUUUUCUCUGCAACCAUGGGAAUAAUGUUGGGAAGAAUGGGACCCAAUGGAAGUGCUUUGGUGAACUUCUGCCAGAGUUUGAAUGAGGCCGUUCUGAAGAUUGUUGCCAUCGUCAUCUGGUAUUUCCCCUUCGGGAUCGUGUUCCUGGUUGCCGGAAAGAUCUUGGAGAUGGACGACCCCUCUGCCAUGGGGAAGAAGCUGGGCUUUUACGCCAUCACGGUGGUAAUGGGUUUGGUGUUGCACGGCCUCUUCAUCCUCCCGGCCAUGUAUUUCUUCAUCACGAAGAAGAGCCCCAUCGUUUACAUCAGAGGCAUUCUGCAGGCCCUGCUCAUCUCGUUGGCCACGUCGUCCAGCUCUGCCACUCUGCCUAUCACCUUCAAGUGCCUCCUCGAGAACAACCACAUCGACAGACGCAUCAUCCGCUUCGUGCUGCCUGUCGGGGCCACAAUCAACAUGGACGGCACCGCGCUCUACGAGGCCGUGGCAGCCAUCUUCAUCGCCCAAGUGAAUAAUUAUGAGCUUGACUUUGGGCAGAUUAUAACAAUCAGCAUCACUGCCACUGCAGCCAGUAUCGGUGCAGCAGGAAUCCCGCAGGCCGGACUCGUAACCAUGGUGAUCGUGCUGACCUCAGUGGGUCUGCCCACCGAUGACAUCACUCUCAUCAUUGCUGUUGAUUGGGCUCUGGAUCGAUUCAGGACCAUGGUCAAUGUGAUGGGUGACGCCCUGGCCACAGGCAUCAUGGCUCAUAUCUGCAGAAAAGAUUUUGUCAAAGAGGGGGAGCAGGUGCCUCUGAUCUGCGAGACUAAACCCAUGAUAAGCAUCCAGCAGAUGAUAAACUACCAGAACCAGAAGAACGGCUGCUACCAGCCGCCUCCCCCGGGCAGCAAACAGGACCACCUCUCCCCGGACGUGGCUCGCCUGAUCCAGCUGGAGGAGGGGGUUCGGCCGAUAGAGAAGAAGAAGCACGCACACUCCUCUCAUCACAAGAGAGAGCACAGGGACAAGGACCACUGUUCCAUUGAUAUGAACGGGCUGGAGACUAAUGUAUAA